AUGUCCGCCCAGUCCCACAGCGGCAUGAGCAUAGGGCUGGCGGUGGACGGGGAGUGGGCGGAGCCUCUCACCUCCUCGCCUGCUGAUGUGCAAGCAGCAGAGAGACGCAUGCAGUUCCAGCUUGCAUGCUAUUUCCCCCUCAUUCGUCUCCACACUUCCUUCUCCCAACCCUGCCACACACACACACUUCCCUCUUACCUCGCGCUCUCCUCACCACCCUUCUCCACGCCAAGGGUGCUAGACCCGCUCUUUUCAGGCGACUAUCCAGCAGUGAUGAAGCAGAGGGUGGGGGGCCGCUUGCCCUGCUUCACAUGGGAGCAGCAGCAGCAGCUCAAGGGGUCGCUGGACUUUGUAGGAGUCAACCACUACACCUCCAAAUUCGGCAGGGAGAGUGAGGAGAGCGGGUCUGCUGCUGCAGCGGUAUCUGGGGAGGAUGAGGGAGACCAUUUCAAGGACCAGGGUGUUGAGAUAUUGGGUGAGCGGGAUCCCUUCUUUGUUCCUACUGAAGAGAGCAGCCUUUCGUUCUCAUUUUUCCUCCUCAUGUGCCUAUUUUACAUUCCACCUCUUGUGCCUCUCCUCUCCCUCGACUCUCCCUCUGUCCCUCUCCUCUCCCUCUACUCUCCGUUUUCUGUCCCUCUCCUCUCCCCUUCUCCCUCCUCCCACUUCCUGCCCUGUGUGCAGCAUCACGAGAUGGCAUCCCCAUUGGAGAGCGGGUAA